AUGAUGAUAGUACCACUAAUAUUUUUACAGUCCUUAAGCUCCUUACUCCUUCUGGGUAAAAAAGCAUAGCUCUUAGGCCACGGAUUAGAAAAAAAAAUUAUAAUAUAAGCAUUUACAACACAAAUUUUUCAAUAUGAUUUUAAUAAACUUUCAAAAGAGGUCAGAUAUUCUUAAGAGAAAUUAGGAGUUUUUAGAAGCCUAACCAUUGGAACAAAUUUUCAUAAUACAGGUAGAUCUUCAGAUUUUGUAUAUGCGCUCAUUUCUAAUAUAAAAGUUUAUCCUGGCUUCCAAUUGUGAAUAAAAUUUGACAGGAUUUUUCAAUCCAUGAAUAGCUGAACCCACAGAAUUGGACAUUAUUAA